GGUUAAAUAUUUUGUUUUGAAUUACAAAAUUGCAAUGCAGUAAAACAUACUAUGAACAUAAUAAUAUUCACUUUCAAUUUGUAGUAUAUUUUUUAAUUUCACAUUAAAUUUAUUAAAUUUCAAUGUAAUUUGAAAUUUUAAUUCGUCAGUAGAUAUAUGUUUAUCUGUAGGCUUACCUUCCAUACUUAAUGAUAAAUAUGAUAAUGGUUCUGAAAGGAAUGGAGUGAUUGAUGUUGAUUAAAAAGUGAGCAGUGCCCGGUUUAAAUAUUCGUAAGGUAUUUAUGUAUACAUCUAUGAUAUAAUUUAAUGGACUCAGAAAAUUGGCUGUUUACCAUGGAUGAGAAGAAAUAUUUAAAUUGUAGUCAAAGAAGUAGUAGCAAGUUCCUAGGUGCGUUUUCGUCCUCUUCAAGCAAGGAUUCUAACUCUGAGAUUUAUCAACCUAUUUCUAAAAAACCAAAACUUGAUAUAGACAAACGUUUUGGAUUAUCAGGAUCAAUACGAUAUUCAAGCAGAAACUCAAGCCCUGAUAUCAGAAAAAGUAAAUGUUCUAGUGAUGAUUUAUGGGGUGAUGAUCCCGACAGUGAUGAAGUCGAACAGGUUUUCAGUCAGGUUGAAAUAAAAAAAUCUCAAGUUGAAAUAAAAAAACCUCAAGUUGAAAUGAAGACUGGUACCAAAUUCCGCCGAACGGCCAGUAGUGGCUGGCCAUCAUCUAGUUCAUUUUCUUCUGAGUUCAGCAACCAAAAGUUGGAUGAAAGAGCAACCAAUGGCCUUAGUUCUUCCCAAAUACUAGAUCAAAAUAAACGUCUGAAGGAGACCCUUGCAAAAUCAUCUGGAGAGGCAUCUAUACUUAGAGAAAAGAAUAAACGCCUGGAGAAAGAUAUGGCUACAUUAAAAUGUACCCUUAUGGAAAAGCUGGAGAUUCACAAGAAGGAAACUGAAUUGGAAAGAAGUCGUCUUUUAAGGGAAAACAAAUCACUUAAAAGUCAACUAAAAGUAAAGGAUAUGGAAAAACAAGCUGAUGAAAGCAGACUCCAACAUUUAAGCUCAACAACCCGAUUACAUUCUGACUCCUCAAACAGCAGAUUCCAAGGCAGCUCUAAAAUAGGACUUACUGCAUCUAAAGCUAUACAGCAAUCUUUGUAUGAAGAAUGUAUGAGAAAUGUUAAAAGUAUGACAAGAACUAAGACUCAGUAUCUUUCCUUUGAACUAUUACAAAAGCUGGUUUUCCCUGAGCUGUCGGAGCCAACUCAACCUGAACCCAACAUAAUGGAACCGGUCAGAACUGCCACCGGUUCUGGUCUCUUUUCUGGAUUGAUUGGAUCGAAUCGGCAGCAAAAUCGAACAAGCAGCAGUGGAAACUCCUCAAAGAGCAUGUUUUUCACAGCUGUCAACAGCAAGAAACCUACAUUGCCGCAAAACGUAAGCAGCAACAAAAACUCGAACAAUGUGUUUAUCACAGCUAUCAGUAAUGAGAAAACUACUUUGGCAGAGGAUAAAAAACAGCCUGCAGCUCCUUGUCCGACAGUGGAAAGCUGUAUUGCACCCCUCCUUUCUGUACAAACACUGGACAUCACAAGUCAAAAGGGCCAAGAGAUUGUCUCUCAGGUAAUAAAAACAUGUCAACAGAUAUUAUCACAUCAACUUAAUCAAUUAAGAUGUGCUCCAGGCCCUCAAAACCGUGAUACAGAAAAGAACAGGGAAUUGAUUUACUGCAAGUUAAACAAUCUGAGGCUUGGUGAAAACUACAACCUUCUCUCUGGCAAGGAACUAUACAACAAUGAAAGGGGAAUCGGGGCUAGAAGAGCCCUGGCACUUCUAUCGAUUCUGGCAGAUAUCUCAGAUUUUGCUGUUGAAAGAAUUCUUUUAAGGCCCAUUUUGGAUAAACUAGAUCAGAAAAGCAAAGAUGGUGGUACAGAUGGCAUUAAAACAUGCACAAACUCAUCACAAGUUAUACUGAGUAUUGUCAAUGACAUUGCUCAAGAAAUCUACUUGAAGCGGAAAAUAACCAUCUUUGAAGGUGUAUUGGCAGGAGCUAUAACCUUAGUCAGAAAUUUGUUACUGUCAAGUGUGGAUUUGUCCAAAGAAAGCCAGGACACUGUCGUACAAAUGUUGCGAAGUGUAGUGAUGGCUCGACCUGGCAGCUUGGUCCUCCACCAGGUACUUCAACUGCUGCUGGCAGCCACAAAGUAUACCAACAUUACAGAGAAGCUGUGUCACAACUCAAAAAAGGGGGCAUUUCUAGAAGACCGAGUGAAAUCUGGUUUUACAUUUACGGCAGGUUCAUGUGUUCUACAAGUGCUAUGUAAACAAGUAGAGAUUGUGGAGUCGUCUAAGAAAUAUUUACUCUCAGAUAUUUUCACAUCUUGGGUGCUGACACUAUUCUAUGGCAACUCUACGAGUCCUUGGUGGUUGUUCUCUGUACCAUCGCAGUCUUCGUGUUCAUGCCGUCCUCUCAUCUCAAGGCUGUCUUUCACACUGCUCGGAGAGGCUUGCUUUAUUUACCCAAAACUUUCACCAUUGAACAGUGAGAAGCCGUUGUAUGCUAAGUUGUUGACCCAAGGUAUACCGGUUGUCUCUACACUGCUGUUCCAAGACGAUUAUUUUGGUGCCAAUGUUGAUGCCGACAGUGUGGGCUACUAUGAGCUGUUUGUUCAUUCAAUGACUACAUUUGACAUAAAAUUGAAUGAACCAUGCCGAAACAUUUUAGAAAGCUUGUGUAUGCAGGAGUAUUUACGACAGCCGAUGUGUAAAUGUGAAGGGGAUACUAGUGAAGUGAAUGACCUCUUGAAAUCUUUGAGCUGCAUUAGCAAUGACAGUGAAGUACAGGAGUGUUUGAACUUUCAGCCACAAACAAAACACAUUGUUACUUCUUAAACUGUGAUUAACUUCAGGCUAUUUUACUGAACCUAGUAUAUGUAAGAAUAGUUCUUAAAUUUACAUAAUAUAUUAAUAUGAAGCUGUGCUAGUUAACGUUACUGUAAAUAUUGUAAAGAUAAGUGUAUAAUCUGUAUAACAUUAUUAAAAUUUGUAAGUUUAUUGUAAAUUACCACUAAUAAUAAUUAUUGUGUACAGUGUAAUCAAGUCGUUUAUAAAUAUGAAACCUUUAAGAGACUUCUAAGCUUUAAAAUAUUCCUAAAAAAUAGAACCAAACAGGAAGGUUCUAAUACAAGCAAUAAACGUUUUCAGUAAAUGUUUUAUAAAACAAAACUUUGCACAUUAGAAGCAUAUAAAAAUAGCAUACUAUAAAAAAAACCUUUCCAUGAGAUUUUUAUUGUAUUAUUAGUAAUAAUAAAAUAUGUAACUGUAAACACUUGAACUGGCAGUGUUCGCUCAAGUAGAGGUACAUAAGGUUCAGACGUUCUUAACUUUUAUGUAAAACAUAUAUCAUCUAGAAAACUAGUUAAUAUAAGUAUAAUUUACUAUGUAUAAUUGUUUUCAGAAAACUUAAAUAAUUAAUAAACACCUUUUGUUAUGUAAUUAUCUUGAAAAAUCUGUUUGAAGGAUCAAGUAUUUUUCAAUGUAUAUUAAGGAUUUUUUCAGAAUUGUUUAUAACUUUGUGCUACCUCAAAAUAUAUUUAUGUGAAGGUUUUAUAUGAAUGUUUAAAUACACAUACAAAAUAAGGGGAAUUUUGUACUGUUAGAAACAUAAUACAUAAUUUUAAUGGAAUAUUUUGUUAAAAUCCAUUGUUUAAUUUUGCACAAAACUUACUACCAAACUAUUUUUGAUCAUUUUUAGCUUUGUGCAAGGAGGUUAUGUGACCAACUCGGUAAAUAGAAGCACAUACCAGCCAUGUACUACUCAUAGCUUCUUGGACAGUAAUAUUUUGUUACGUCACCAGUCAGUUUUUGAAGUCCUCAUGUUAAGUUUUUCCUCAAUGAUCACCAAGAGCAGGAUCAUAGCUCAUGGUCCCUAGACAUGUACACCAGUAUUAACAUUAUCAAUGAUUCAGCAGGACCAGCAUCACUAUUUGCAUACUAAUCAGCUUGAUGUAAACAAUUCUAAUAUGUAUUCCUACUUAUUAGCCCAAAGUGACUCUGUCCUUAGUAGUCAACGAGGGGAAAAUGUGGCCUUGAAAGACUGACAGCCAACUCACAAGAAAGUAUUUGGCUAUGUCAGAUGAGUAUUGCACGGCUGCUUUGCUGCUAUAUAUAACAAAGCUUUUCUUUACAAAGUUGGUCAAAUGACCCCCUGGUGUCACCCAAGGAGUGGCAAUGACAGCAUUAUUUUACCAGACGUUAUAGUAAUAAAACAAUAAUAAUAAUAAUAACCAUAAUAACUAUGAAUUAAAAUAAAAGUUCUGUAUGGUAACAAAACUUUUUAUUGAAAUCAAUUAUUUUGACCAAGAUGAAUAUACAAAUAAAUAAAUCCAAUACAGUUAAAUGUGAAAGUGCAAUAGAUUCAUGAGAAAUGGAAUAUAAUAUCAGAGUCCGAGUUCUUAUGUGGCUAUAGGCUGAGAAAGUUAUGUAUGUAAUUAAAGAUAAUAAAUUUGGAAAAUAUGUAGGUUAACAUUAAUAUUGGAAUGAGCUCACGAUUAGUUGUCAGGAGCGCAGAGUGUCUUCUGAAUGGGAUCAGAAUCCUUUCCAAAUGACCAGCAGUACCCAGUGAUUGUAGAUGUGGUUGGGUUCUUGUUGAUUGGCUGAAGUUUUUUCAAAAUCUUGUCUGCAGUGAAUGACGAUGUUUCUCCAGUAGUCGAAAAUAAUCUUCCAAGGUUAAAUGGAACUUGAAUCAAUCGGAAUUUUUUUUAAUAAUUCGCAUUUAAAUUUAUUUGAAAAGUGGAAAUUAAUGAGGAUAAUGAGGCCAUAGAUAAUUGCAGAGACAUGGCAAUUUACUGUUCAAGUAGAUAGAAAAAUAUGCCUAUAAGGGACAAAGUAAAGUAUGAAUAAUAUCAUAUGGUUAAUUGUGACUGCAUACCAGUAAUGCAAUAUAAAUCAAAGGUCUGACUUUGAGAUUACAUGAUAGAAGAGUCUUUAAUUAUACAAAUUUCUAUAAGCAAUGAUAAAUUUAUAUUAUAAAAAGUGUUUGCGUAUUUCUAAAAUACUCAUGCAUAUAUAAUAAUGUAAUGUUGUGUGAUAAUAAUUCUUUUUAAUGAGUAAUCUAAAAUAGUAUAAGAAAUCAAGUUUUAAAUUUCCUACAAAAAAGGUCCAGCCACUUUUUGUUGUAUCUGGAACGGUUAAGCUACAAAAUGUGUUUCAUCUAUCAUCAAGCUACAGGGCCAAUUUUCAUCUAUCUAGAGAUCAGAAGACACAUUUAAUGCAAUACAUCUUUUGGAAAUUAA